AUGGGGGCGAAUACGACGAAUAAAACCACCACCAGCGCGAACGAAAACAACAACAAAUAUAAAUCACCCACCGCUCCACCGGCGUUUAACACCAGCGCGCCAGGGCGCGAACGAUUUUAUAACUCGAUCAAAUUCGAUUCGAGCGGCGACUUGCAACGAGCGAGCGAAAUCGACGAACGGAUGAUUCGAGAGAAGUACGACCAAGACUCCGAGUUGGUGGAUUUGGAGAGAGAGAUUUUGACUGGUGAGGACGAAGAAAAGAAAGAUGCCGCUCUUGGGUCGCUCGCAGUGAGAGGAGGUGGAGCGCAGCCGCCGUCCAGGUUGGGUAACGCCGCGGUCGGGAAGAUGGUCACGAGGACGGAACAACGAGAAGCGAAAGAGAUGACGGGGAAUAAUAAUAAUAAUAAUACUAUAAACGAGAAUAAAAAUAACAAAAAAGAUAAAGAAAUGAUGAUGGAAGAGAGAAACAAAGAAUCGAGUGGAGGUAAAGGCGGGAGCAACGAUGCCACCGCCGCUGCUGCGACGGAAAAACAAGAUUCAGGCUCCAACGACGACUCGAACAAACUCUCGGAGUCCAACGAGUCCAAGUUAUUGCGUUCUCAGCAGCAGCGAGGCGUUAAAAAUCCGAGCGGAAGUGGUGGAAGUGGUGAUGGAAGCGACGAUAACAACACGAAGAACAAAAUCAACAACCUAAAAACCUCCGGAGACGAGAAGAUGAUGAUCAUCAAAGAAAACGGCACCAACGAAAACGCCGCGGAGAUGAACGAAAACGAUUUGUUGUGCGAUUUUGGCGCGGAGAAACAACCCAUGGUUGUCGCCUCGCCGAGAAAGAAGAGCAAGACCGCUUAUUCUUCGGAUCUUAAUAGAAAUUGUGAUGGCGAUACCGGCGGAAGGUACAGUGAGCUGGAAGAUGGGCGUCGUCAAGAAGGAAGAAAUAACAAACAAAAACAAGAAGGAGACAAAAAUGCAAAAUUAGUCUCUAACAACAACAGCAAAGUCAACAACAAUAACAACAACUCGUCAAACGAUAACUCGAACAGCUCGGGGAGACAAGGAGGUAGAAAACAAAGGAAUCCAGUGCGUGCACCGAAACGAAACGAUUCGAGCAGCGGUGACGAUUUGAUCAUCCCGGACGAAGAGGAAACGAAGAACGCAAAUCUGCUCUCCGAGUGUGAUAAUCUCUUCGUUCCACCAGUUGCACCUUUGUUUAAACCGCCAAAUCACGCGGGCGCUAGUAACGCGGCGAUGCAUAAAUCGGCUUCUGGUAACAUCGACGUGAACGAUGGUACGAAUGCUAAGACGUUUGGCGCGAACGGCAAGGCGAUGAAUACUAUCAACACCAUCGAUGACUCGUUGUAUGAUCAGCAGUUCCAAAUUGAACCGGAGCUUUUAAGCGCCAGACCUGGUUCGGAUGAUUCGUUUAGACUGUUUGAUCCCGCAGCGACGCAAGGGAAGAGCAACGAAGGUAGCGAUGAGGGCGAACAGCUCGCUUCAGGUAGAGGUAGACGCCGACGUUCCAGCGGGCGAAAUACGAAUAAUAAAAGCAAUAGCACUAGAAAAACGAGCGGUUCAGACAACUCCUCCUACGACGAAGAAGCCGACGGAUCGCGAGAAAAAUUGGAUAACAACGCGGAAGAGAGCGACAGCGAUAUUGACAUCUCGAACGAUCUGUCGGACGAAGAGGUUUACGAAGCCGAUUACGAAGAUAAAGAACGUUUGAUUGACGAUUUAGAAGACGAUUUGGGCGAGAAUACGAACAACCACCGCGUCGGUCGACCUUUGAUUAUAGGAAGUAUGGGCAGAGGCAGCGUCGGUGGAGAAAUCAUGCCGGGAAUGCUCGUGAACGGUCGACGCGCGCAAAGAGGGCAACCGCCCAAGCACGAGAAGGUGGCGCCUUCUCGCGCGAUUUCUGGGAAGAAGACAAAUUUGAAAGGAGCGUCGAACACCAAGGGCAGUACAAAAAGUAAUAACAAAUCGUCAUCAUCGUUGGCGACGUUAACGACGAUGCGUCCUGCUUCAAACAAAUCGAUACGUGGCGACAGUAAGAGUAAAAUGAAAGCAACAGGCAAGAUGUUUGAUGAUCUCGGUGAAUACACCAUUGCAAAGGUGGACGAAAAGAAGCGCAGCAAACAAGCGGGCGGUUCUAAAUCUACCGCGAAUACCAACAACAAAAUGGUUGGUAAACGCAACUUGUCGAGCGCGAUGGCGAGAUCUGGUUCGGAAAACGCACCGAAUAAGCGCGGCCGGAAGAACGUAGACAGCGAUACGAAGUCGCUGUCGUCCAGUGGCUUAUCGGAAGGAUUCCAAACGAGCGCUUUGGGUCACGCGAUUGGCGGUACAAAUACGAAAUCAACCGGAACCACCGCCGCGCGUGGUCGUGAACCGAACCCUCAAGGCGGUCCUCGACGUUCGAAACAUCACAACCCGUGGGGAUUAGACGAAGCUCAGGCUUUGAUUGAAGGCGUCUCCAGAUGCGGCGGCGGUAAAUGGGCCGAUAUUAAAAAGCUUGGGUUUCCGGAAAUUGAACAUCGCACCGCGGUUGAUUUGAAGGAUAAGUGGCGCAACUUGCUUCGAAUCGCAACGUUACCGACGCCGUCUGGCCGAGAAACCGCUGGUAAGUCCGGCGGCGACAAGAAACGAGAAAUCCCGAGAGCUAUGUUGGACCGAGUUCGAGAACUCGCCAUGCUCCACGCGAAGAAUAAAGAGCGCGAGUUGGCGGCAAAAGCGGCGCAGGCGCAACAGCGAUCAUGA